UUUAAAUUUCGCAGCUCGAUUCUUUGUCAGUAGUGAAAUUUCGUGAAAAAUCAAGGCCGAAUCGUCUCCAACCAGCCAUGGCCGACCAAAAGAAAGCACGAAACAUCCUGUCCAACAUAAGUCCCCCGUCGGAGCUACCAAGUUUCAUCACGGCGUCCACCACGGGACAACCAGCUGUUCCGCAGCAGCCUUCCUCAUCGGACCAGGAAGAUUCUCCCCGAAAAGGCAACGAAACGGACCCGUUUAUUCCGACGACCUUCAGUCCGGCGAUUCCCUCCAGCAAGGACACCAGCCUUGCGGCUCCGCCUGGACCGCCGGAACAAGCUGCCGCUGCUGCUGCUUCCGGAUCUGAGGCCAAAACCAGCCGUGACUUUGCGAACAUGAUUCUGAAUCCGGAACCGCUGGCGGAAGCGCUGAGCCCAAUCACGCAGGGUGGCUCGGCGCUGUUUGGCUGGAUGAAGGGGGCGGUCAGCAGCAACGGGAUCCUGCAGAAGGUCGCCGAGAAGGCCAAAAGCUCGGUGGACACGAUCGUGACUACGUUAGACCCGCAGAUGAAGGAGUACAUUAAUUCCGGAGGUGACACCGAGGUCAUCGUGGCGUCGGACAAGGACGAUAAGGUUCGACCGAUUCGGGAGGCGUUUCAAACUGUUUUCGGCAAGGCUACCGUCAUCGGCCUCUCGGCGCAAGCGACGGCAAUUGCUGCCCAACCCGUUGGAUUCGCGGCCGGGCUGAAGGGAGCCGAGCAUCGAAUCAACAGCAUUCGUGCGGAGAACCCACGCGUGGACGAUCAUCUUCCGGUGGUGGCCGUGGAGAACUUCCUGGUGGAGCUAUUCCCGGAUCAAUGGUUCGAAGCGAGCGUGAUCGUACUGUUCGACUACGCCAAGAGCAUUUUGCUCAAAACGGUUACCCAGAUGACGCCGGUUCCGCUGCCCGUGGUCGCCUCGAUCCGCGCGGACACGCCGGAAAAUUACCAGCUAAAGGACACCGGCUUUGCCAUCACAAUCGGCAGCGUGAUGGCAAAAAAUCUCAACGUAAGCCACACGGAAUGGCACAAGGCGUACACCUCGGUAGGCCGGCCCGAGAUGAUUCUGGGCGGGGCCAAAACGGUCGCCAUGCUGUACCGGCAGGCCGUGGCCGAGUAUUUUAGCAGUUUGGAGGCGGGUGCUGCUUCGGCGGUUGGUACCACGGUGCAGCUUCCGCCGAGCGAAUAAAAUUGGCUUCCGGCCAGCGGAGACAGCAGCAGCGGUUCAACGGGGUGCAGAUGUGGACACUACUAGGCAGGGCUGGAUGCGCUGGAGGAAGCGGAACGAGUUGUUUGUUUUAUUUUUUGUUCUGUCUACGAUUAGGUUUGACUGUAUGCAAUUGUGUACUGAAAAAUGCAUUAUUAUCGCACUUAUAUCUUUAUUACUUGUACGUUGAGAAUAUUGUUAAACUGUAAAGCAUGAUCAACUUCUAUCGGAAAAAUAUACGAAUAUCACUAGUUA